AUGGAGGAUGGCCAAAUUAGUGAUGAUGGUAUUCCAUUUGAAGGGAAGGGGUUUCAGACAGACAAUGAUGCAUACAACUACUACAAUGCAUAUGCAAAGAAGAUUGGGUUUGGAAUUCGCAAAGAUACUUUUGAAAAAUCAAAGAAAGCUUCAAGAGAGAUUCUUUCCAGGACUUUUGUUUGCGAUAAAGCAGGCAGAAAGAGAGCAUCGACUGAAAAUGCAAGUGGAUUGACUAUCAAUCGUCGUCCAGAAACUAAAGUUGGUUGUGGUGCAAAAAUGAAGAUUAGGCUUAUUUCUUCAAAAGCUUGGAAGGUUACUAAGUUCAUUUCUGAGCAUGUUCAUCCUUUAACAAGCCCUGAUAAAGUAAUGCAUCAUCAUUCUCAUAAGCAGCGACAUCGGUCGAAGCAUUGCAUUAGCCUCAUUGAGUUGUUGCAUGAAGAGGGAAUGAAACCAUCUACUAUUAAAAAGGUGCUUAAUGUUGGAUAUCAAGGACAAGAUGCUGAACAAGUCACAACACAACAGAUGAUUGAUCAUAUCAGAAAGACAAGGCAAAGUAACAUUGGCUGUGAAUGUUUAAACAUCAUUAGACAUUUCCAAGAUAGAAAGGAAUCAGAUCCAGAUUUCUAUUUUGCUAUGGAGGUCGAUCACUUUGGCACACUGAGAAGUGUGUUUUGGGCCGAUGGUAGAGCUAGAGCCUCUUAUUUAAGUCUUGGAGAUGUGGUUGUGAGUAAACCACCACCGCCAAUCCACCCUCUUCGGUUGUGCAUUGCUUGCAGACGAGCGAGAGGAAACCUUCGAGUGGUUGUUUUCGCAAUGGCUCAAGUGUAUGCAUGGGAUUGCACCAAAAGCUAUCAUAACUGA